AUGAAUAAUUAUUAUUAAUUUAUCAACCAGAUAUCCAUCCCCAAAUAAGAACUCCAUAUCAAAGCCAUUCCUGAAGUCAUCAAUUUUAAUGCCAACAGCAACAUGUAUAUGAAUAAAAUCAAAUGUUAAACUCAAUUAACCAAUGAAAAUAAAAUUGAACAAAAUAUUAAGGUUUACAAAGAUUAAUCCACAUAAUGUGAAUUACUUACUUAAGAUUAGACUACCUAAUGCACACAACCAUCUCAACAAGAGGAAUAAUUCAUUUAACUUGUACAAUCUAAACUCACUUACACUAAUGAUUUGCUCUCAUAAAUGGAAUCCGUUGAUAUUAAUGACUUUUAACCAAGACAAGCAAUCUCUAUUUAACAAUCAAUAUAAUCUUCUUAGACAUUGAUGGCUUAUGUUUAAGAAAAUAAUAAUAAAAUAUAUGAAUAAUUGCUAGCAAAUCAAAAUUAGAGUUUUCUAAAUGUAUUGUCCUAAUUAACUAACAAUAAAGCAUUCGAUGAUUUAAAAAUUUAAAUAUAGCAAUAUUUAGAUGUUCUCAUCUUAAUCAACCAAGGAUUAACAGUCUAAAAUUUUAGAAAAAAUUAUAGCAUUGUAGAUUAAUUAUCAUUUAAUGAAAACUGUUUUGAACAAUAAUCACCAGGAUGGCUGUUAACACCUACAAUCAAAGUUGCUGACAGUUAGAAUUUCUCCACAGAUUCGCUCAUCAUCAAUAAAUGA